AUGCAAACAAUCAAAUGUGUUGUCGUUGGGGAUGGUGCAGUCGGUAAAACAUGUUUACUAAUUUCGUACACAACAAACAAAUUUCCAUCUGAAUAUGUCCCUACAGUUUUUGACAACUAUGCUGUCACAGUGAUGAUUGGAGGUGAGCCUUACACUCUAGGAUUGUUUGACACGGCUGGACAAGAAGAUUAUGACAGGCUUAGACCUCUAAGCUACCCUCAAACAGAUGUUUUUCUUGUCUGUUUUUCAGUCAUCUCACCUUCUUCUUUUGAAAAUGUCAAAGAGAAGUGGGUACCAGAAAUCACCCACCAUUGUCCACGCACGCCAUUUCUGUUGGUGGGUACUCAGGUAGAUUUGAGGGAAGAUGCUACAACUGUUGACAAGCUGGCUAAAAAUCGACAAAGACCAAUAACUAAUGAUAUGGGUGAAAAGCAAGCCAAAGAACUGAAAGCCAUAAGAUAUGUUGAAUGUUCCGCUCUCACUCAGAAAGGAUUGAAAAACGUUUUUGAUGAGGCUAUAUUGGCAGCGUUGGAACCACCAGAGCCCAAGAAAAAAGCAAAAUGUGCCCUUUUAUGA